UGCAGCUUCCCAGGUCCAUUACGAUCUACGUACACGCUGGACACGGAAGCCCUCGGAAUUCACGACCGGACGCAUACUGCACCUAUGGAAUCAAGGUGAACGUUUCAAAUGUCCUCGAUACUUGAAAAGAUUUCAACUCUCCGUACCAUUAUUCGUCAGAAUGGGGGUAUUUUUGGCUCCAUAAGGACGCUUUUCCGUACCGAUGAAUUAAAAUGGGGCGUUCUUGUUGGGACCGACAAGUUUGGAAACAAGUACUAUAAAAACGACAAAUAUUUUGUUGGCAGGAAUAGGUGGGUGAUAUAUGGAAACCGUUUCGGGUGGGAUUACGAAGGUUCUCAAAUCCCACCAGAAUGGCAUCGAUGGCUUCACUACAUAACGGACGAAACUCCGGUGGAUAAGCCUCCGGAAGUCAGAAAAUGGACUAUUGAGCACUCAGAAAAUACGACAUUGGAUCCUAAAAAGAAAUAUGUCCCAUAUACAACGACGCCGCAGAAGCUGGAACCCUGGCGACCUACUUAGCGGUUUUCUGUUCGAACAUUCACUUUCCUAACAAGACGAUGUUGAUGCACUGGUACUAGUUUCGCUGUCGGAUACAGAUUGUCACCGUAGUGUUAGUGUCAAUGAGGUUCCAUUGAUCGCCCAUCAUUUGUUCCGAUCGUUCUUUUGCUUCGCGACCCGAUGGCAUAUAGACACGCGCAUUUUUGUCGUCCAUUUAAUCAAGCUUUUCUUUAAAAAAGUAACGUGCCAUUAUGA